CUUUGUCUUUUCGUCGAAACUACCACCUCGUAAGCGGAGGACCAUAUGGUUGGAAGGCAUUUCCCUUGCAGAGCAACUCUGCACAACCCAAGCAGACCAACUUUGGGACUUUGAAUGAACAUAUUUACAUUCACCUUUCUCUUCAUGUCGACUUUUCUGGAAACAUUCACACGGAUGCCAUGGUUACUCCUACCACGAUCUUACAGGUGAACAAGGUGAUGUCCAUCUUGUUUUAUGUGAUAUUUCUCGCUUAUCUUCGUGGCAUCCAGUCUACCAACAUGGAUCAAAGGAGUUUGCCAGAAGAUUCAAUAAAUUCUCUUAUUAUUAAACUCAUUCAGGCAGACAUUUUGAAAAACAAGCUUUCUAAGCAGAUGGUAGAUAUUAAGGAAAACUAUCAAAACACAGUGCAGAAAGCAGACACUCAGCAAGACACGGAUGGAGAUGAAAAUGUGAAAUCGGACUUCCAGCCAGUUAUCUCAAUGGAUACAGACAUCUUAAGGCAGCAGAGACGCUACAACUCACCCCGAGUCCUCUUGAGUGACAACACGCCGCUGGAACCACCGCCGCUGUACCUCAUGGAGGAUUAUAUUGGAAAUUCAGUGGUGGUGAACAGAACCUCCCGGCGGAAAAGGUACGCAGAGCACAAGAGUCACCGAGGGGAAUAUUCUGUUUGUGACAGUGAAAGUUUAUGGGUCACGGACAAAUCGUCUGCGAUCGACAUUAGAGGACACCAGGUAACUGUUCUGGGAGAAAUUAAAACAGGCAACUCUCCAGUUAAGCAAUACUUUUAUGAAACAAGGUGUAAAGAAGCCAAGCCUGUAAAAAAUGGCUGCCGCGGCAUAGAUGACAAGCACUGGAACUCCCAAUGCAAGACGUCCCAAACAUACGUUAGAGCACUGACUUCAGAAAACAAUAAACUGGUAGGCUGGAGAUGGAUAAGAAUAGACACCUCCUGUGUGUGUGCGCUGUCAAGGAAAAUAGGAAGAACAUAAAUCUGCAUCUCUUUGCUAUAUAAAUUAUUACUUUAAAUUAUAUGAUAUGCAUGUAGCAUAUAAAUGUUUAUAUUGUUUUAUAUAUUAUAAGUUGACCUUAUUUAUUGAACUUCAGCAAAUCUACAGUAUAUAAGCUUUCUCUCUCAAUAAACAAGAGCAAAGUGUGUGUGCCUCUGCUGUGGGCAACUCCGGGUUUUUUUAGACUAUGUUUGUGACACUGCUUGUUGGCAGCAUACCGUAACCUUACUGUAAAAUCUGUGUAAAAUCAGUAUUUUUCAUUCAGUAUUGUCAAGCCAGUGACUGUCAUUUAGUAAACUUGUUAAAAAUCAGAUCAAUGUCAAGAGUUGUGUACAUAUUUAUAUUCCCUGCUCUAUACAUUCACAUUUAAUUGGAUGCAGUAUUGACUCUUCAACACCAAAACAAAAAUGGACCAAAAUAUGUGUUGUAGCCUGAAGAUUAUGUCAACGUUACAGGCAUCAAGCAGCCAUUUCUGUGUAUUAUGCCAGUUUUGUCAGUGAAAUGACCGUUUUCCCUCUGUUAGCAUUUCAGAAUGGCUGCUAAUAAUCUAGCGACUUUCAUUUAUGUUUUUGAAACACAUUUGUUCUGCAACUGUUUCUAGUGCUGCCAGUUCAUCAUAGAAAAAAUAUGAAAAAAAUGUAAAAUAUUUGCAGAGGAAGCUUACUGAAGCCAAGAACCAAUCUAAAUGGGUCAUUAAUAUAAUACAUAAAAGAUGAUUUCUUCAGAAUUCACUAUUUGUUGUGAUUAGCCUCUUCCUCCUCGCCUGAGUCAAUUAUCUUCUGCUUGCAUUGUUGGAUCAUUCCUCUCUCUGAGUUUUUACAUUAGAAACAAAGCUGGUGGUGUCAUAACCUUAAAAGAGCCCGUGUCUUGCAAAUUUUAGUAAAGAAAGAUAUGAUAUGAUGGCAUGGAUAUCAAAGCCACACACCCGUACGAAGCAGUUCUCCUCAGCAAUCCAGUCUCCAUUUUUCACAGAGGGAAGAAUAUGUAGAAAUGCUCAACAAAUCUGGUACCUUUCACAGGAAUGUGAAAUAAUAGAUCUUUUUGAGCAGUAUGGUGACUAAAAUACAAGUAGUCCGCAGUUAUAACGAAGUUCUUCAAUUAUACAGGUGAGUUGUUACUUAGGGCAGGUAAAUGUACUAGCAUAUAUAUACCUCAAACUCUUCUUUGUAUUGCCAUGUAGCUCCAUGGGGGACAGUAAUAAUUACGCUACUUGAAGAGAUGGUCUAUUAUUCAUUAGUAUUUGGAUCCCUGGAUGGGAUCCCACUCCCAUAAAAGUAAAUGAGAGUCUUGUCACGGCUACCAGCAGAAUUAAGAUUGGACUGCAUAUGUUAUCUGCGUCUAGCUAGAUCUUAACACCCAGUCAGGGCUGAAAAAUGCCAGCCGUUCAAAAAGCAUUACAGCUGUAGUGGUAUUAGGUUUUUACACUACAGCUUUCACUGUUGUAGUGUGUUCAGCAUCACACAUGAAAAUGAGAUCAGAGCACUCAAAACCGAGGUUGCAGGAUGCCUUUUUUCAUACAGCUUUCAGUACUGCAGAACCAACUUCAAAUCUGCAGCAGGUCAGCAGAUUGUGUGGUCUCCCCUAAUCCCUUACAGAGAGUGUUACGCACCAUAAAACCACCGGAGAACCAGACAGGUCGCUCCUGAGGCCAAGCACUGCAAUAGCAGUGCCUCUGAAAGCCAGGUUGGAGCAUAUAGGUAUAAUUCUGCAGGGGAGGCCAUAAACAAAGGUUUUGAGAACCAUCUCAAUUUUCAACAUGAGGCCAGGGUAUUUGCCUCACAGGAAAUAUCAUCACCUCACAGUACUAAAUCCUAACUUUGCUUCAAGAAAUAAUAACUUCAGAGGUUGAAUUCCAAGGCAAUCAUUAAAAGGAAAGAGAGGACGUAAUAUAACAAGGAACUCGGUAUCUGAUAGAUCUGAAUAGAAUUUUUCCAGUGUUCUCCUUCUUUGGCAAACAUUAAAAAAAAAAAAAUAUCCUCUACAGAGCUUUUGCAAGAUUUACUAGUAGGAAAGUUUAAGUUUCAACUAAAUUUUUAUGCUUGGAGGGAGAAACAUAUUUUUCAGAGUCCUGCCCCACUGAAAUUUUUUGCAAGUUAAAAGCCUAAUUUUAUACCCUUGAUUUCCCCAAAUAAAGACCAUUUUCAGAUGCUGUGAGUAAUUGAGAGCCUAUAUUGUCAUGGAUCAUUAAUGUUAGAGAUCUCCAUGCUUCAGUGUGCUGGAUAGGUCUAUCUCCAUACGAGAAGAGGAAGUAAGAAAAGUAACUGAGCUUGGUUAGUCACUGUUGCUUACAGCCCCUAUAUCCCAUUAAUUGGAGACCAGCUUGUUCCUACAGGCUGGAUGCCUUGCCAAUUUACAUCACUGUAAAUCCAGAGAAAUUCUACUGAAGAUGGGAGAGAAAAUGUAGAUUUAUAUCAAUGUAAACAACAUCAGAGUCAAUCCUAAUGUCUUUAUUUCUGCUCACUGAAAAUCAAGGGAGGUUCAUUCUUAAUAGGUUCCAAGAAAAAAAUUUGUCAUUUUCCACUGCAAAUCCAGUAACAGGAACUGGUCUUUGACUCUUAACUUUACCAAUGCAACAAGUAUUUCACAAGCAUUCAGCAAAAGUGUAUCAGAGCAAACGCAAUGUCCGUCAUCUGAAACACAUUAAAUGAGAAAGAAGCAUGGUGCGUAAGGUUAUUAGAUCGGCUGCCUCUUUCCCACCCCAGUAUAACAAUGAACGGAAGUGUUACCCUCUGGAUCUGAUCCAGUUUCCACUAAAGUCAAUGGAAAAAUUCUCACCUUCUCCAGUGGAAGCUGGAUCAGGCCGCGAGCGAAGAAAAACCUGCAGAUCUCAACCAGAGAGCAGAGCAAUCGCACACAUCAGUUACGCGUUCUUGUAAAUCCUGUGUACACAAAAGAUGCUGUAUAAUUUUGUAACAAGUUUGUAAACAAAGCCUGUAAUAAAUUUGUUAAGGCCUAAUCCUGUUUUCACUGUAGCCGGGAAUGGUUUUAUUGUCACCUUUGGUCAUGGCACAAUGAAUCCAAAGUUCCUAUCCAACUUUUUGUAUGUGUGUUAUAUAAUUAAGCAAAAUAUUCAGCUCGUAAUGCUAGUUUAGCUUCAGUAUUCUAAAACUCAUUCCCAUUAGGCAGCUCAGAUGCUCUGUCAAUAUUGUUUUGCCAAUAGAUCAUUAUAAACACACAUUUUAUUUAGCUUUUCUCCCAAACGACCGAAUGCUAUUCUGAAAUUGCCUGUCUGUGUCAAACUGUAUUUUCUCUAUUUUUUUCCCUAGUUUUUUUACAGUCCAUUUAGUAACAGUAAAAAAUGCUCCACUGAGGUUUUGGGAAACCAUCUGCAUUUAUUUUAUCACCUUUGAACAUGUGUUCAGGAAUGAAGUCUGUGCAGCAAGUUUACUGCUACCAAGAGAUUUGUGCGGCUGCACCAGGAAGAAACUUUGACUGGACUAUGCAGAGUGUGUGCUCGAAAACACUGCGCUCAUACUCUGCUAUUUUGAUGCUUUAGCCAUCAGAGCUUUUGCUCGGCUAUACAUUGUGUAUCUGCAGACAAUACCAAACAGGAAACAAGUCUGAUUGGGCGUUCCAAAAUUAAAAAUUUAAUGAUAAUGAUCUGCUAUUUCUGACCUUUCAGCAAAUGCAUUUGCACAACGAAGUAAAGCGCAUAACCAUUCAUUUCGUUUAAUAGAAACAUUGUGGCAAAAUCAAUGGGAUCCUGUGUUCUCCACGCUUGUAACUCUGAAGGCAAUGUGCAUUGGAGUGAGAAUAGAAGGGAUUCGUGGGCUGAACCCUACCCCCAAGAACAACUCUGAAGAUAUGGGGGUGGGGUGACGGACAUUGAACACGUGGCAAUUGCAACCCGAAUUUUGCUUUUAAUACUACACAAGACAAACAUUGCUAAUAAGCUCUCCAAGC